ACGGCCGGUGAGAUGAGGUACGCGCCGCCUACCAGCCUCGCCGCGGCCGGAGAGACGCGAGGGGGAUGCUCGGGCUUCAUGCGAGCGGCGCGGCGGUGUCGUGGGUGUAGGGUGGUGGGGCGGAUGGGAACGGACGCGCACCUCUACCACGACGACGACGCCACCAUCCCGGCAUUCCCCGACUCCCGCUUCGACGCCGACGAGGCCGACGCACUCAAGCGCCCCCUCGCCCUCAUAGGUCAUAGCGCAGAGCAUCGACGCCGGGCGGCUCUUCCAUCAGAUGAAGAACGCGGGGACGCCGUCGAUGGAGGUGAAGCAAAGGAAAGGGGGAACUGGGAGUUGGACUGUGCCCGCCACCCACUCCAUCGCCCGCCACCAGUUCGACGAAAUGCCGCCUAUACUCCUACUUAGGUUCCAAUCAAUGUAAGUCAACAUGGCUUCACGGAAUCGACGUUGUCGUCCACACACUGCUCCGGAACAAAGAUACUCGAAUGGCGGCGUCGAACAGAACUCGGAUGCCUACAGUCUUUAAUGCUAGUUAAGGAACUGUUGUGAGAACAGCGCCUGGUAGGCGCUCCAUGCAGAGCUCUCGAGUCUCCGAAUUCCAGAGGAGGGUGUGUCCACUGAAAUAAGUGCUCAACAAAAUGAAUGACAUGAGGUUGUGCAGGUCUAUUCAUGGGAGGGAUCCAGCAGGAUGUUCAAGCAGGUGUGGUGCGGUGCGAAUGCAACAAAUGGUUUGCAAGCUGGACAUAGCCUUGAGGCAACGAAUACGGGCCCCUUUAAUCUGCACUUCAAGUCUAGGCACAUCAAUGGCCUCCGUUGCAAGCAUAUUUGGGAGAAAUGACAGAUGAAUUCAUGAAGACUGCGGAGCAGCGCUAAAGACUGGAGCGAAGCCCACAGGAAGAGAUUGCAGAUUAGCUAUGCUGGCUGUUUCGAUCACCAAGGCAUGAUGAACUGAUGAUCACCUACUAGGCUUGUUGUGUGACUGUUUUCCUGAAGGCUAAUGAGUUGGUGGCCGAUGGUUGUAGGCUAUCCUUGACCUUUUGGAAGGCAGCAGCAUAUUCACACUUUGUUGCUUUCUACGUUCCGAUGAUGGAGCCUGUGAACUGUGCUGGCCACAUCACUUGGGAAGGCAUUACCAGUUUCAAGGUCUCUGGAGGUUAGCCUGGCCCUGCUGCAACCAAAGCAAUGGAUUCCAAACAGGUGGUGCAUAUGAAUCAAGGAGAAAUGGAAACUAGCUAUGCUCGCAACUCCAGUUUUCAGAGUGCUGAGCAGAACAGGAUGAAGCCCCUGAUGGAAGCCGCGAUUGUUGAUGUAUGCAGCAACAUAAGCACCUUGUCUUGCGGAAACAUGGUGAUCGCGGACUUGGGCUGCUCCUCUGGCCCAAACGCGGUAGCACUGGUGUCCAUUGCCAUCGAGGCCACCUGCAACCACUUUCUUCAGUUGCAACAGUCACCUCCGGAAGUCAGUCUACUCCUUAAUGAUCUCCCAUACAAUGACUUCAACAGAGUGGUGAAGAGCCUGGUUGCGCUCCGGCAAAUCAACGAGCCGGUUGUUGUAGCUGGUGUCGUUCCAGGGUCUUUCUACGAGAGGCUCUUCCCUAGUGGCUCCGUGCAUCUUUUUUGUUCAUCCAACAGCCUUCAUUGGCUCUCAAAGGCUCCUGAAGAUUUAAGGAUAAACCAAAUCCCUGCGUAUGACAUCGAUGAGAAUGUCAGGCGUGAAAGACUCCCAGUGGUCGCUGAAGCUUAUGCACGGCAAUUCAGGAAAGAUUUCACACUCUUUCUGAAGCUGAGAGCCAAAGAGUUGGUCUCAGAUGGCCGGAUGGUUGUUUCCCUUGCGGGGAGGCGUUCUGAUGAGCUCGUCAGCGAAAUUUCUCACGUCUGGGGAACUGCAGCUCAGAUUUUAGGCAUCAUGGCCUCUGAGGGUAUGAUUGACAAAGCCAAGUUUAAUUCUUUGUACAUACCGGUAUAUGGACCUUCCCUUGAAGAGCUGAGAGAGAUCAUCCAAGAAGAGGGCUCCUUCACAAUCACAGAGAUGCGGGUGCACAACCCUGCAAGCGGCAUGGACAGCGCGCACCUCACCCCGAACAGGAUAGCGAAUUGUAUGAGAGCUGCAUUCGAGCCUUUAAUAAACCAGCAUUUUGGGUCGUCCGGAGAGGUCAUGGAUGGAUUUGUGAGGACAGCGGAGAAGCUAUUGAGCCUGCAAGGAAGCUCCCAAGUCAAUCAGACUGAAAAACCGAUAGUUAUGCUGGCUGUAUCAGUUACCAAGGCUUCACAUGUCAACUGUGGAGCCUUCUCGACCUCUCCUUAGCGGCUCAGGCUUUAGCUCAUGGCCAGUAGCAAUGUACUAGAAAAUAUAUUGUAUUGUUGCCUUACAGCAUUGGUGAGUGCGAUAUCAUUUUCAUUA